GGGCCGCGCAGCGUCAUGCAUAUGCAUGAGCGGCGCGGCAGCUCCAUUGUGCCCUGGGAGCGGCGGAGGCGCGAUGGCGCGGACGGCGGCGGCCCUUGGGUGGCAGGCGGCGCGCAGGGCGGGCUGAGCGCAUGGAGCGGAGCGGGCCGGGGGCCGCGGCGGCGAGGGGCCGGGCCGGGCCGCAAGGAGCAGCCAGAGCAGCUGAGUCCCACACCAGCACCAGUGAGAGCUGCUUCCUGCCACCCUUCAGGCUGCUCCCAAGCCAAUGAACCCCAUGAACCCCAUGAAACCUGCCCCGCCCUCCGCGCCACACAGCCCGCAGGAUCGCUGUCGGUGGUCACGACCGUGUGGGGAGUCGGCGGUGCGGCACAGAGCCAGGUUUUGGGGAGCCCCAUGGGCCCCACGGGGAGCCCCCCCGGCAGCUCCGUGAUGCCUGGCAUGGCAGGCAGCAGCUCAGCCCUGAGCUCCCCGCAGUGCCUGGGCCAGCAGGCGUUUGGCGAGGGCGGCGCCAGCAAGGGCUACGUGCCGCAGGGGGUGUACAGCCGCGGGGGCUGCCCCGGGGGCCCCGGCUUCAGCACCGGGUAUGCAGGUGGCCCCGGGACACCUGGGGGUCUGGGCCUCCCCUCCCAUGUCACACGACCCUCCACGGACUUCACUCAAGCAGCGGCUGCUGCUGCUGUGGCUGCUGCCGCCGCCACCGCUACAGCCACGGCCACGGCCACCGUGGCUGCCCUCCAGGAGAAGCAGAGCCAGGAGCUGAGCCAGUAUGGAGCGAUGGGGGCCGGACAGUCUUUUAACAGCCAGUUCCUGCAGCACGGAGGCCCCCGGGGGCCCAGCGUCCCCAGCAGCAUGAACCCUGCCAGCAUGGGAGGGCUGGCCGGCCCCUCCGGGCCCAUGGGCAUGAGCCCUGCCCGGGCGGUGGGCACAGCCCCCUUGUAUGCAGGACAGCGGCUGCCCCCGCACGGGUACCCGGGGCCUCCCCAGGCCCAGCCGCUGCCGCGGCAGGGGGUCAAGAGAGUCUACUCCAGUGAGGUGUGUCCAGGGCAGCAGUGCCUGACGGGAGGCCAGUACUCACCUGGGCAGCCCCCUGCCCCCUCCUCCUACCCUGGUCACAGGCUGCCCCUCUCCGCCUCUGGCCCGCUGGGACUGCACUACAAGCCCGCGGAGCAGUUCCACGGGCCGGCCGCCAGCUUCGGUGCGGGAAGCGUCGGCUACGGCCAGCCUGGCCUGAGUGGGCCGGCCCGCUCCCUCCCUGGCUACCCCGGCUCCCCGCUGCCGGGGAGCCCCACGCCGCCCAUGACCCCCGGCAGCAGCGCCCCCUACAGCCAGGACGUCAAGUCUCCCUUCCUGCCUGACCUCAAGCCCAGCGCGAGCUCCUUGCACCCGUCGCCCCCUGGCGGCGGCCCCUGUGACGAGCUGCGGCUGACCUUCCCGGUGCGGGACGGGGUGGUCCUGGAGCCCUUCCGCCUGCAGCACAACCUGGCUGUGAGCAACCACGCCUUCCAGCUCCGCGACUCGGUCUACAGGACCCUGAUGCUGAGGCCCGACCUGGAGCUGCAGUUCAAGUGCUACCACCACGAGGACCGGCAGACGAACACCAACUGGCCGGCCUCCGUGCAGGUCAGCGUCAACGCCACCCCACUCUCCAUCGAGCGCGGCGACAACAAGACCUCCCACAAGCCCCUGUACCUGAAGCAGGUGUGCCAGCCGGGCCGCAACACCAUCCAGAUCACCGUCACGGCCUGCUGCUGCUCCCACCUGUUCGUGCUGCAGCUGGUGCACCGGCCGGCCGUCCGCUCCGUGCUGCAGGGCCUCCUCAGGAAGCGGCUGCUGCCUGCCGAGCACUGCAUCACCAAGAUAAAACGGAACUUCAGCAGCGGCACCAUCCCUGGUACCCCUGGGCCCAACGGAGAGGACGGGGUGGAGCAAACGGCCAUCAAGGUGUCCCUCAAGUGCCCCAUCACCUUCCGCAGGAUCCAGCUCCCCGCCCGAGGCCACGACUGUCGCCACAUACAGUGCUUCGACUUGGAGUCCUACCUGCAGCUCAACUGCGAGCGGGGGACCUGGAGGUGCCCCGUGUGCAACAAGACGGCCCUGCUGGAGGGCCUGGAGGUGGACCAGUACAUGCUGGGCAUCCUCACCUACAUCCAGAACUCCGACCACGAGGAGAUCACCAUCGACCCCGCGUGCAGCUGGAGGCCGGUGCCCGUGAAGCCUGACGUGCACGUCAAGGAGGAGCCCGACGGGCCGGCGCUGAAACGCUGCCGCACCGUGAGCCCCGCACACGCGCUCCUGCCCAGCGUGAUGGAGAUGAUAGCCGCCCUGGGCCCAGGGGCCGCCCCCUUCGCCCCCCUGCAGCCACCCUCGGCCCCGGCCCCCAGCGACUACCCCAGCCAGGGCUCCAGCUUCCUGGGACCUGGGACCUUCCCCGACUCCUUCCCGCCCACCACACCCAGCGCCCCGAUCCUUCCUGAGUUCACCCCGGGGCCACCCCCCAUCUCCUACCAGCCCGACAUUCCCGGCAGCCUCCUGACACCAGAGAAGUCGGCUCCUAGCCUCCCGGGCCAGAUGGCACCUGCAGGUCACCUGGACCCGGCCCACAACUCUGGACCACCCGGACUGCACGCCCCCACACUUGGAGGCCCCCCAGGGGCGCAGCUGCACCACCCUAACCCUCUCCCGGCAACCCGGCAGCCCCUGGGUCCGGUGAGCUCGGGUCCUGUCGGCGAGCUGGCCUUCCAUGCUGCCACAGGCGUGAUGGGGCCCCCCUUAUCUGGGGCAGGGGAGGCCCCAGAGCCGGCCCUGGAUCUGCUCCCAGAACUGACCAACCCGGAUGAGCUGCUGUCCUACCUGGGCCCGCCCGACCUGCCCGCCAACAGCAGCGACGACCUGCUCUCUCUCUUUGAGAACAACUGAACCUGCCGGCCGCCCAGAGGCGAGACAGGACGCGGACGUCACCGCGCCCUACCUUCCCGCCCGCCCGCUCCCCAGAGCUCACCUGGGGCCACUCGUCCCAGAGCUGCAAACAGCCCUGCCCUGGCGGGAAGGGACCGUGCCAGCCCCGCCCACUGGCAGCUGUAGGAGGUUCCAGGGGCCCGGCCCCCCAUGCCCCGCCCCCUCAGCCGCUUCCCACACGAGCGCACCCUCCGCCUGCCGCCCCCAGCGGUGACCCCAGUGGUUCCCGAGGGGGCCGGGCCCCCUCCUGCCCAGGUGCAGCCGCAUGCACCUACAAGGGACAUCGUCGCCCCCGCAGCCCCGAACUGUGACCGUGCAGCCCUGCGGCGUCCCAGCGCCGGGUGGGGGCGCCCGCCUGCCCGCGUCUCGAUUAAAGGACUCCCAUGGUGGCCCGGGUC